GACCUCAUACUUGCUUCUCUUCUUCUUUGUUAUUUCCUGUAGAAAACUCGAAAGAAAAGAACCAGUUGAAGAAAGAAAGGAAGGAAAAAUAUAUCAAUUCGGUUUUCUUCUUCUUCUUCUUCUUCCUCGUCCUCCAAGUUGAAGGGGCGAAAUGAAGCCCUCCAUUCUCCUCCCGCUCCUGCUCCUCCUGUUCCUCGCCGCCUCCUCCUCCGCUCACCCACGGUUGCUCGCCCUGGUCAAGCAGCAACCCACCAUUCUCACCUACCACCACGGCCCCCUCCUUAAGGGCAAUUUCGACGUCACCCUCAUCUGGUAUGGCCACUUCACCCCUGCGCAGAGGCAGGUCCUCGCCGACUUCGUCGCCUCCUUCGGCCACCGCAUUCCCAAGCCCUCCGUCGACUCCUGGUGGUCCACCACCUCCCUGUACAAGUACCCCGCCAGGCACGCCCCCAAGUGGACCAACCUCCGCCUCGUGAACCAGAUCGUCGACUCCAACUGCUCCCUCGGCCGCAGCCUCACCCGCGACCACAUCGCCCAGCUCGCCUCCCUCGGCGGCAAGAGCUACUCCAUCAACGUCGUCCUGACGGCCGCCGACGUCCUGGUCGACAACUUCUGCCUCAACGUCUGCGGGUCCCAUGGGACGUCCUCCGUCCGUGGCAGCCGCUCGCGCUUCGCUUACAUCUGGGUAGGCAACCCCGCCACGCAGUGCCCCGGCGAGUGCGCCUGGCCCUUCGCCAAGGCCGUCAGCGGGCCGCCGACCCCGCCGUUGAUCCCCCCCAACGGCGACGCCGGUAUCGACGGCAUGGCCAUCACCCUCGCCACCCUGCUGGCCGGGACGGUCACCAAUCCUUUCGACAGCGGCUACUUCCAGGGGCCGGCCACAUUCCCCCUCGAGGCCGUCUCCGCUUGCACCGGCAUCUUCGGCAAGGGAGGCUUCCCGGGCUACCCCGGCGAGGUCCUGGUGGACAACAAGACCGGCGCCAGCUACAACGUCAACGGGGCUAACGGGAGGAAGUUCAUGGUGCCGGCCAUGUGGCACCCGCGAAUGAAGCAGUGCGUGCCUCCGGUUUGAUUUCUAUAUAUAUAUAUCACAUAUUCUUUGCUACUUCCAUUAAUCACUACGUCCGUCCUCCUGUUGGUGUUACUGAUUAUUUAUAUGACUAUCUAUGAUAUAUGAAUGUAAAAGAAGAAGAAGUGCAAGAUGAAGAUGAACUCAGAAAAUGGUGGUUCAAAAUAUAAUUGUUGAAAAGUGUGAUGCUGUUCCUGGUGCUUCACUUUUUUUUUUUUUUUCUCCUUGUCCUUUAUACUUUAUCUUUUGUCCUUUUGUGGCUUUGUAUAGAUGAGAAAGAAGUAUAUUCUUUCA